CGAUUAUUAGGGUUAUCAGGAUUAUUAGGGUUAUCAAGACUAACAGGAUUAUCAGGACUGUUGGAACAAGUACCAAGAAAUUCGAUACAUAAUGGGAACAGGAACGGUUCAUAUCCAGCCAGAUACUAUGCAUCAUACGCCAUUGCAUCGUAUGGACUUGACAGCUAUCAAGCAGGAGCUUGCUGAUUCUUUGGGUCCAUUUCAUGCACCGGCUUACUGGUCAUUACUGCGUUCAUUCUUGAAUGGUCGCUGCUCUAAACAGAGCUUUGAUAUGGCGACAGUGGACAUGCUUACUGGUGUUCAAGCGAGUCUACACAAUAAACUCAUCUUGGCCAUAUGCUACAACUUACAAGCUGGUGUUCCUCCACCAACUGGCCCACCCGACACUGACUUUGUUCCAAAGAAUAGUCUGGCAUUUGCUGCUCCCAUCGAAAUAUCCGUCACUUCGAUCGCAGACUCUUUGAAACGUCCUGCUCAGGAAGAACUGCUAUCGCCCAUGGAGAUCAAGAAACGCUUUACCACUGCCAUGAUCAUGUCGCUUUCUUCUCAAGAUCGUCAACGACUCAUUGGACUGGGUAUUGUGAAGCAUAAAGAUGAACCGGUUUUGCCGCCUUCCAAGAAAGUGCUCUUUCCAAACGGAUUCCCUGUUGGAAUAGAUUCGAUUCCUAGGUCAUGCAAGGAUGAAGGCGAUCUUCCAUUGAUGGAUAUGCUUGAGCAACGACUCCGGUUUAUAAGUGGAAUUCAAGGACUGGGAGAUCCACCUACGCCGGAAUCAGCCAAACUGAUUUCAUUUGCACUUGAUAAUUAUCUCAAGAACUUGUUGCAGGCUAUUUUGCGAGCACUGACUCCGCUCCGUGCUAUGCGUACCACGAUUGCUAGUGAUUAUGCACCGACCGAUCCGUCGAUAGCUGCGUCGUUGCAAUGUAAACCAAACCCAAAAAAGCGUGCAUUGAUUACUACAAAGACAUCCAAGUCGGUUGUAAACGGAUCGGAUUUGGUGAUGACCAAUACAUCCAAAUCUGGCGACAAUGCAGUCCAGUCGAUGUGUACAACGACGGAUUGGUCAGCAUCACAGUUGACAGAUUGUCACGUCAAGCCAUCUCAAUGCACACUGGCAUCGACGAUUUCAUCACUUGAAGCACUUGAAGCACUGCACCGGCCUUUUGGGUUAGACGAGCUACGAUUUGUGUUUGAUUUUUUGCCACAAAUGGAAACCGAGACACUGGAGCGUAUUGCACUCGAGGCAUUAUGA